GGAGAGCGGAUAGAGUGAAUGCGGGGUCCGGGGAGAGCGGAUAUAUUGAAUGCGGGGUCCGGGGAGUCCAGAUAUAGUGAAUACAGGGUCCGGGGAGACCAGAUAUAGUGAAUGCAGGGUCCGGGGAGAGCGGAUAUAGUGAAUGCGGGGUCCGGGGAGAGCGGAUAUAGUGAAUGCGGGGUCCGGGGAGAGAGGAUAUAGUGAAUGCAGGGUCCGGGGAGAGCGGAUAUAGUGAAUGCAGGGUCCAGGGAGAGAGGAUAUACUCUGAGCCUGCUGACAUCACAUCUAAUUACUGUGUGUGCUGG